CUUCGUGGUCCCAAUAAAUUGUGCUCCUGGUAACCCUGUAAAUUUGUUUGGCGCAUGGAGGUUCGUCUGGGACACAAGGGUUUCACAGCUUAACAAAGAGAAAGAAAAUACGUAACAAUGAAAUGUUAUUACGAAGAGCUUGGCGUGGAACGGGAUGCCAACGACACUGACAUCAAGACAGCCUACCGAAAAUUGGCUCUAAAAUGGCAUCCGGAUAAAAACCCCGACAACUUGGAAGAGGCCAAGGAGCGCUUUCAACUGAUUCAACAGGCCUAUCUGGUGCUAUCCGAUCCCCAGGAAAGGGCAUGGUACGAUAAUCAUCGCGAACAAAUCUUGAGGGGCAAAAAUUCCGACUAUGAAGACAAUUGUUUGGAUGUGUUCCAGUAUUUCACUGUGUCCUGCUUCAAGGGUUAUGGUGAUGAUAGCAAAGGGUUCUAUGCUGUCUAUAGAGAAGUAUUUGAGAAAAUAGCUGCCGAAGAUGCCGAAUUUAUGGACGAUGAAAUGGACAUGGAAAAUAUACCUUCAUUUGGUGACUCCACAAGCAGCUAUGAGGAAGUGGUGGGACCGUUUUAUGCUUGGUGGAGUGCAUAUUGCACUAAGAGGACUUACACAUGGCUCUGUCCAUACGACAUUAAGGAAAUCAAAGACCGUCGUAUUUUGAGGGAAAUCGAAAAGGAUAUGAAGAAGGUUGUCCAGAAGGCCAAAAAAGAAAGAAAUGAGGAGGUGCGAAACUUAGUAUCGUUCGUAAGAAAACGUGACAAACGUGUCCAGGCCUAUAAGAAACAACUGGAGGAAAGGGCGGCCUUCAAUCGACAAAAACAAGAACAAAAUCGCCUUGAACAAAUUCGCAAACGCCAGCAGGAAUUGGCCGAAAUGCGACAAAAUAUUACGACAAACCAAGGCGAUGACUAUGAGGAACAACUAAAACAAUUGGAACAGCAAUACAGCAGCAAUGAAGAUGAUUACUCGGAUGAAGAGGAAGAUGAGGAAGAUUUUGAGUACGAAGACAAUGUUGCUGGUGAUGGUGCAGAUGAUGACCAAGAUGAUAGCUAUGAGGAGUUGUUGUAUGAUGAUCUCUAUUGUGUUGCCUGCAAUAAGGCAUUUAAAAAUGAAAAAGCCUUUGCCAAUCACGAAACUAGUAAAAAACAUCGGGAAAAUGUUGAAAGACUGAAAUUGGAAAUGCACGAAGAAGAGAAUUUAUAUCCGGGAGGAGAAGAUACCGAGGACAAAGUCGAAGACGAAGAAGAACAAGUUCAGGAAGCAGAGCUGGAGGCGGCACAAGAUAAUGAGGAAAAGGAAGUCAAUGUUAAAAAAUCGAAAUCCCGCAAAUCAAAAAAUAAAAAGGAUUCAAGAAAAUCCAAACUGCCAGUAUUGAUAAACUCCGACGAUGAUGUCGAAGAAGAUGAAGAGUUAAGCAAACAAACUGCAGGUUUGACUAUUAACAAAACCGAUGAUAACGACGUAGACGACGAUGACUGGGAUAGCUCAAACAAAAAGUCUGGUAAAAAAUCGAAAAAUAAAAACAAAACUGCUAAAAAUAAAUCCGCAUCUCAAGAAGCUCCAAAUAUGGGGGCGAAAGAAGAGAGUUCAAAACAAGAAGAAAACACCCGAGCCACAACAAAAUCCAAACCCCAAGAAAAUCUGGUGACUCCCAAAAAUACAGACAGUGAGAAAACGCAACAUAUUUGUGUCACAUGCAAGUCUCAUUUCGAAUCCAAAAAUAAAUUAUUCUCCCAUCUGAAAAUUACAAAUCAUGGCGUGUACAUACCCAAAGCGAAAGCCAGCGAUGAGCCUGUCAAAAAGGGAAAAGGAAAGAGAAAAUAAUGUAAAUUUGAUACUAAAAACCAUUCAGAAGCUAGAAGCUGUGAGGGCUAAAAGUAGAUGCAUUGUGGAAAUGUAAAAAUACAUUACUUUCGAGAGUAAGUUAAUGAAUGUAUCGAGAUUCAAAGUUUUCUAAUUUAAAAAAUGAAAUCUGUAAAAUGUAAAAAUGUAUAUCUAUUUAUUGAUCCUAAAUAGUUUUUUAUAUCAAAAUUCUUGAAAUCAAAUUUUAAAUUUUGUAGGAAAAUAAUCUCCAUCAUUGUAGUGUAGUUUAUUGAAAUCAUAAAUGUAAAUACGUAUAAAAAGCUAAAAUAAAUUACAGUCAAAAAAGUUUCGUCAACUAAACUAAAUCCAAAAAAAAAAGAUUCUGAUAUUCGGCCUAUCCACAGGCGCAUACAUACACAUAAGUACAAGAAUAUUAUUAUGAUACAAAUUGAUAUUUAUGUUUCAAAAAGUACGCAGCUUAAGUACACAUCGAUUUAUGCCUAUGUGUAUACGUAUGUAUGUAAAUACAAACAAUAAUAUAAACA